AGAUUGUCAGCUUUCCAGCUCGCAGCAGAUGAACUUUUCACGACUAACCUAAUGAACUUAAUAUGCACUGAGAAGCAGUGAACAUUCAUUGACCAUUUGAUCAAGAGAAAGUUCAUCAACAUCGAGAGACAUCUUUCGUUCAAGAAGAGAAGUGUGUGUAGAAUAUGAUGUGUCUUUCAACCUGAUGGCUGAUUUAGCCAAAGCAUAACUCACUGAAGCUGCUAAAAAAAACCUCGGAGAUGUCGUCGGAUCACAGCAACCAAGGCCAUGCUGGAGACUCGGGCGACAACGACAGCGCGGGAGGCAAGUCGUCCAUGCAAUACCUCACCGUCCCGGAUCCGUUCCAAAUACCGAACGGUUACACAGGCCGGUUUGGUAUGAGACGAAGCUCGUCCCUCACGGACUUGCGUGGCGAUGAUGAUUAUUCUUCGUGUGCGAGUACCGUUCGAUUGAAUGCCAUGCAGUAUGGCUCUAUCUUGAACCUCAUGCCGUCAGUUGACGACGACAGCGAUGCAGGGGGAGAACACGAUGCUUCUGGAACCAGUUCGGUUCUGCAUUACGAACAUUCCUACAUGUAUGGUCGCUACUCGGCCGACCUCGCAGAAUACGCAUACGCUGAAGGCAAGAGAAUACGGGACGAUAAGGCGAAAGUCGACGAUCUCACCAAAGAACUCCACAAAUACAAGGCUGAAAAAUCCCGCUUCAUCGUCAAUUUUGUCAGACCGGCUUGGGAGCACACCUUCGCCCGCAUCGGAGAGGACUGGGUGUUCUUGUUCGUCUUAGGCAUCGUCGUGGCGGUGAUUUCGUUCGGAAUUGAUACCAUCGUAGGUUUAUGUUUUACAGCGCGGAUGUAUUUCCACGAGAUCCUGCACGACGUGCACUGGGGCUUAUCAGUGUUCAUGUGGCUGCUGCUGCCCACGAUGCUCGUGGCGUUCGCCGUGAGCUUCACCCAGUGGGUGGCGCCCUCCGCCGCGGGCUCCGGCAUCCCGGAAAUGAAGACAAUCCUUAGGGGCGUCGUGCUCAAGGAGUACCUCACCUGGAGGACGCUAGUCGCUAAGAUCGUGGGCUUAUCAGCUGUGAUAGGCGCAGGCAUGCCACUAGGCAAGGAAGGGCCGGUGAUGCACAUGGCCAGUAUCGUGGCUACGUUGCUCAGCAAACUCCUUCAGAUCAUUAAAGGAACCGUCGAGAACGAACAGCGCACUACAGACCUCCUCGCUGCCGCCUGCACCAUGGGCGUAUCUGCGUGCUACGCCGCUCCUGUGGGCGGCGUGCUGUUCAGCAUCGAGGUCACGACCACAUACUUCGCGGUCCGUAAUUACUGGCGUGGCUUCUUCGCUGCUGUCGUCGGCGCCAUCUUCUACCGCCUCUUGGGGGUCUGGUUCCUUGGUCUAGAGACCAUCUACCCACUAUUUAAGGUCAGCCAUAACUACGUCUACCCUUAUGAUGUCAUCGAACUCUUCCCAUUCAUCUGUCUGAGCAUUGUGAAUGGCUUCCUGGGCGCAGCGUUUGUGUUCUGCCAUAGACGCUACGUUAUGUUCAUGCGACACAACAAGUUCAUCAAGAACAUCCUCAUGAAGAACCGCAUGCUGUAUCCCGUCAUAGUCGCGGUGUCCAUAUCGCUGGUGACCUACCCUGAUGCCUUGGGACAGUUCAUGGCAUCCAAACUCACAGCCAGACAACAGAUCCUGCAGAUCUUCAGCAACGUAACGUGGGGCCAAUACGGGCCCGAAGCUUCGACUGCUCAAACUGGAGCUCAGAACGACAUCCUCAAGAACUGGGUCAAUGAGGAAAAUCCCAGCUUCCAGCUCAGCCUGUUUAUAUUCCAAACUGUUACACUGAUGCAGGUUGUGCUGGCGUCGACGCUGCCGGUGGCCACAGGGCUGCUCGUGCCGCUGAUGAAAGUCGGCGCAGCGUUCGGCAGGAUCGUGGGCGAGCUCAUGGUCUACUUCUACCCCGUGGGCAUCGUGCCCGGCUUCCCUAUCGUGCCCGGCGCAUACGCGAUGGUGGGUGCAGCAUCCUUCUGCGCCUCCAUCACCCACACCAUCUCCAUCUCCGUCAUCAUGUUUGAGCUCACCGGCCAAAUUACAUACGCAAUUCCCAUCAUUGUUGGCGUGUUGGUGUCCAAUUGCAUCGCGUCGCUGCUGCAGCCGUCCAUCUACGACAGCGUCAUCAGGAUCAAGAAGCUGCCUUACCUUCCCGACAUCGUCACCACCACGUCAUCUGACGUGUACAACACAUUCGUAGAGGACAUCAUGGUAAAGGACAUCGGCUACAUCUGGUACAGCAUGACCUACGCAGAGCUCAAGAAAGUUCUUAAGGAGAACAGACGCAUCAAGUUCUUUCCUGUCGUCGAUAGCCAUACUCACAUGAUCUUGCUUGGCUCGGUGAAGCGCAUCGAGCUGGUGAGGCUCCUGCUGCACCAAAUCUCCCCGGACAAGCGGAGGAAGGAGGCACAGAGGAGGCAGAUUGAGGCUCUCAAGCAGCGGUGGAUGGAAGAAGAUGCGUCGGAGCACGCGCACUCGCGCAUCAGGUACGAAGACGAAGUGCGCGCCAUGACCGACGCUGAGGGCAACUCUGCCACCGUGAGCGGGGGACUCCUGCAGAGGAUGGGCAGGUCCUUCUCUCGGUCUCUGUCCAGAUCAAGAUCUGUUAACUGCAGGCCCCCGUCAGCGACUUCGGCAGGUCAACUGCCUCCCAAUGAAGAUGAAGCUCAAGACGACGAUGAAACUCCGUACAACAAUCAGCUCACCAUCCACAGCAGCGCCUCCACCGCCAAACUGGGGGGCAACUCCCCCAACGUGUCGCCCCCCGCACACCUCCGCGACAUUUUCGCCCGGGGCUCCCAGCUAGACGAGCGCCGGUCGUCCAGAUUUUCCGUCAGUAAAGUAAAAGCUGCCGCAGCUGAAGUGCCAAUUCCGACGAUCGCCGUGAAUGCCGACGGUGAAGACGACGGAAAAUCUUCUAAGUCGACCGGAGAGUCAACGCGCAGUUCAAUAAGUGACAGGAACUCGGUAUUUACGGUAAAAAGCGGCAAACCCGAGCCCAAGAUCAACCAAGAUGAUGCCAGCCGUACCAAGUCACCAUUUAAACUAGUUCAGAACAAACUGAAGGACAAGAAAUCCAAGACUAAAGAUGAGAAACAGAAACAGGAGCAACAAAGAGCAGAGAUGCUUGAGUCGGAAGCCGAGAAAGUUAUUUUCUCUGCCGCCCGACGCGCCUCCGCGAUCAAGAGAUCAAACUCGCUCGACUCUCUGCGCAGGAGAAGCAAGGCCGACGAUGAGCAGGAUAAGAGAAGAUCAGGUGCAGGAUCUGACGCAGAGGACGACCCAGACUCGACCCACAGCUCCCCCACCGUCAGCCGCAGGAUGGACUCCCCUCCUAUGAAGAGUAUCCUUAAGAGACGCAACUCCUUCAGCCUCGGCGCCAUCAAUAUUGCCCCUGAACCUCGGGCUCCUGAUGGCCAUUACCAGACCAUAGGCACGGCAGACACUAAACUGAGGAGCGCCUUCGAGAAAGUGCGGAAGCUGAAGAUGGACACGGCGGUCUCCAUGGAGCUGAAGCUCUCGCAAAUAUCGCUCUUCAGACCCAAGAAGAAGGAAUACCCGGUGAAGCGGCAAGUCGUCGAUCUUACAGACGAAGAGAGAGAAGAGUGGGAGCAUCUACAGCUGGCCAUGGAGGUUGACUUCCAGCAGACUACGAUAGACCCCGCGCCGUUCCAGCUCGUGGAGCGGACUAGUUUGCUGCGCGUACACUCGCUCUUCUCCCUACUGGGCAUCAACCAUGCUUAUGUCACCAACAUAGGCAGACUUAGGGGGGUCGUAGCACUUAAAGAGUUACGUCUCGCAAUCGAAGGCACGACACAAGACAAGCAACGCCAGAAACCCGUGGCAAUCCAGGUUGCAGAAACACCUGAAGUAGCAGCAACAAAAGCUGUUGAAACAACAGACGUUGAUGAAAAUAGCAAAUCUAAUGGCUCUUCAAUACAGAGUCGCCAUGCCCACGUCGCCAUCCAACUUAACGACAGACUAGAAGGCGUCCCUGACGACGUAGAAGCUGGAAUUAUCAACAACAGAUGGGGCAAUAACAUUCGUCAUCACGAUAACGGACGCAUGUCAUGAUGUUAUCAACAACAGAUGGGGUAAUAACAUCCGUCAUCACGAUAACGGACGCAUGUCAUGAUGUUAUCAACGAUAACGGACGCAUGUCAUGAUGUCAUCAACGAUAACGGACGCAUGUCAUGAUGUCAUCAACAACAGAUGGGGCAAUAACAUCCGUCAUCAUGAUAACGGACGCAUGUCAUAGGUUAUUCCAAUGACCCGCGAUCCAAUGUUUUAAAUUUUACGCAUUUCCUUUAGGAUAUACCUAGAAUUUUAUUAUUGUUGGCAACAUCUUGCGAUUAAUUGAAUACAGAAGCAUGUUUUUAAGACAACAGUUGCACACGAAUUCUGGAAUGAAAAUACGGUAUUUUAACGUUAUUCGGUGAUUUUAGCUGCUGUUACCGAAUCCUUAUUAUAAAGUUACCAUCUAAAUGAAAGAACUCUACUUAAGUGUUAUCAAUCUUUAAAAUAGAUCUAUUUAUUAUUAUUCUCUAGCGAAGCUCAGCACAAGUCAACGGAUUGAAGGAAAUUUUUUGGUUCUUCUGGACAAGGAAAUGAAAUUUUUCAAUUGGUUCAUUUCCUAUCCUUUGACUCCUAAGCAUUGCUCACUUCAGGAACAUGUCACUAGUUACAGUGAGGAAUCAUUUCUAAGUUCGUGCUUAGUCGACUGAUUCAUUAAUCAUUGUUU